AACACUUUCACUCCUCACUCAAUGACACACACGGAACAAACAUAAACUCCGAGUGAACAUCGGAAAGUCACAGAACCAAAUUUGCUAAUCCGCACAGAAUCCUUCAAAUAGAUUUAAUCCAUCUGAGUCACAAUAAAGGGAGAUCGGGUAGUAACGGUUGUGUCUCAGGCAUCACAUUCAAAUGCAAUAUCUUUAUUUGGAUCUUUAUCUGUACAUAGGCUAAAAAUGGACAUUUUGAUUAAGCUGCACGUGAGGACGGGACGGUGGGGGACAGGUGUACACAAGCAAAUGGCUGGAUGAUGCUGAACUAAACGGAUUUCAGGAUGACAGAUACAUAAAGGACGACAUCCUCCGCUGGCGUGCCAUGGCCUCUGUUUUGAACAGUGCCUCGGAUGACUGAAGUAGAUCUCAGUAAACACUGGGGUGGUUUGAGCUGCUGCAGCAGGGAUGAUCACGUCCCAUAUGAACGGUUAUGUGCAAGAGACCUCUGGUCAGGCCAAGAGCCACAGGGAGAGGGCAGUGGACUGUCCAGGGGAGGAAAGUAGCCUUGUCAAAUCUCCACACUCCAGCGCCCACAUGGAAAGGAUUCAACACUACCAGGAGGAGCUAAGGAAAAGGAGAGAGGAGGACAGCAGGGGGAAGCACGAUAUCGACCCCAAUGCUUCACUGAGGCUUAAGAAGCUGUCGCAGAACCCCAAGGUGGGCAUUGACAAUCCCACCUUUGAAGGGAAGGAAAAAGCCACCAAAGACAAAUGCUCCCUGGAUCCUGUAGCCGAAGUGGCGGAGUUGCUGCAGGCUCUGAAGUGGGCGCAGUACUGCCUGACUGAUGCGCAGAGCCAGCAGGAUGUGGAGCUGAUAAUGCAGCUCCUCUCCAAGGAGGACUUCAGGAAUGCCUACACCAUCUUCAAUUCUGUAUCCCAGCAGAUGACUUGUCCCACCUCCCCCCUCACAGCACAGGCAGAGGAUCUCUGCCAGGAGGUCCAGAAGAUUCUCCAGUCCAGCCAACAGAGGGAGGGUUUGGAGCUUAAAGCUCUGCUCACCAAUCCUCAUCUCCAGGCCCUGAUGCAGGCCCAUGACGGUGUGGCAGGGCAGGAAAUAGAGGAAGAUUUGCUCCAGUACCUCGGAGAGACCGUUAAACUGGUGCGGCUGGAGAAGGCCCGCGACACUCCACUGGGUGCGACGGUACGUAACGACAUGGACAGUGUGUUGGUGAGUCGUGUGGUGAAAGGUGGAGCAGCAGAGAGGAGCGGCCUUCUCAGCGAGGGAGAUGAGAUCCUGGAGAUCAACGGGAUAUCUAUCCGUGGGAAACAUGUCAAUGAAGUCCACGACUUGCUGCAACAAAUGCAAGGCACUCUGACCUUCCUCCUCAUCCCGAGCUCUCAGAUUAAACCUGCCGCACACAGACAGACUGUGAUGCACGUAAGAGCUUACUUUGACUACGACCCCUCUGAUGACCCCUUUGUGCCGUGUCGGGAGCUCGGCCUGUCCUUCCAGAAGGGAGACAUCCUCCACGUCAUCAGCCAGGACGACCCCAACUGGUGGCAAGCCUACAGGGAUGGAGAUGAGGACAACCAGCCUCUGGCUGGACUGGUUCCAGGGAAAAGCUUCCAGCAACAGAGAGAGACCUUGAAGAAAACCAUAACAGACAGCAAGAGUCGAGAGCAGCAAGGUAAGCUUUGGUAUGCGAAGAAAAACAAGAAACAGCGGAAGAAGAGCAUGUCUCCCUUGAGCAGAAAUACUGACUAUGAUGACAUCCUGACCUAUGAGGAGAUGUCGCUCUAUCACCAGCCUGCUAAUCGCAAACGCCCCGUCGCCCUGAUCGGUCCGACAAACAGCGGUCACGAUGAGCUGCGUCGGAGGCUUCUGUCCAUCGAGCCGGAAAAGUUUGCUGUUGCCGUUCCGUAUACAACCAGAAACUCAAGGAUACACGAGCGGAACGGGCGCGAGUACCAUUUUGUGAGUCGGCCUGCCUUUGACACCGACUUAGCGGCAGGGAAGUUCAUUGAGUCGGGGGAAUACGAGAAGAACUUGUACGGCACCAGCACCGACUCCGUUCGACACAUCAUCAACUCUGGACGCAUCUGUUUGCUCUGCCUCCACACCAGGUCACUGCAGAUACUCAGGUCCUCCAACCUCAAGCCCUAUGUCAUCUUCAUCGCUCCUCCUUCUCAGGAACGACUACGCACCCUGCUGGCCACAGAGGGGAAAACACCAAAGCCUGAAGACCUAAAGGAGGUUAUCGAAAAGGCCCGCGAGAUGGAGCACGAGUUCGGCCACUUCUUUGACGCGACCAUUGUGAACAUGGAUCCGGAACAGGCUUUCCACGAGCUGCGCAGGCUGAUAGACAAGCUGGACACUGAGCCACAGUGGGUGCCCACCUCCUGGCUGUGCUAGAGGUCACGGGGUGUCACUGCCGGGGAGCUUCAGGGGAGAAGGAGUUAAACAAAAGAGCAAUAAUGAAUGUUCCUGGAGAUGGAAGAAUGGAGGCUGGACAGUGUUGAUUGUCACUGGAUUUUCACUUGCACAUUCUCCUCAGAGGCGACCUUUACCACGUGUUGCAGGGAUGGACUCAAGUUUCUCUAUGUUGGUGUGUGUGUGUGUGUGUGUGUGUGUGUGUCUUUUGUGGGUGAUUUUUUUGUUUAUUUCUGAUCUCAGUUUUAUGCAAAGUCAUUUAUCAAACCCAUAGAAAUGUUUCUAUCCUAUUCUUAAUAGUUAUUAUUUAUAAUUGUAAAUAUAUAUUUUCUAGCCAAAGUGUGUGUGUGCGUGCGUGCGUGUGUGUGUGAGAGAGAGAGAGAGAGAGAUAUACACUCAACUGGGAGAGCGUUGUUGGUGUCACAAUUAUAAAAUGGCUUCCAGAGACAAAGCAGUUAACCAAUUCAGAAACACAGAAGUGAAACCUGCGCAGUUCUGAGGUGCGUCCUCUACAUCAGUGUCGGUAUUAUUGUUUCUAGCUGGUUAUCAUUACUAUCAGUACAUCAUGCUGCAAAGUUCUGUUUUGUACCAGUAUUGUAUGAAAAAAAAAAAAA